GAAACAAAACGAUACUCCACCGGUGAUGUUUUGUCCAGACGGAGACCCGCCAAGGUCCCCUCAACUCGCCCAGCGGGAUUCGAUAGACCCUUCGACGAUAUCGCAACCGUGGGCCCUCUUGAACUGCCUCGUGUUGGCGCACUUGAACGGAGGCGCACGAGGCCUGUAAAAUGGCUUCAAAAGCGGCAAAAUCAAUUGGCGGGACCGGUCGGAAUGAAGGAACUGGCGCAAGAAUGCGGAAGGCCCGGCGAGACGACGAAAAAUUCAGUCUACAGCCGCUUCCCUCGGGAUCCUAAACUCAUCUCCCUCGCCUCACAACUCUCUCUCAACAGCUUCGGCCCACGCGAUCUGACGCAUCUGUCGCUACCGUCGACGCGUGAAGACGACGAAGCGCCGCCCUACAUUCGCAGUCCGUCCAAAUGGCCCAAGCUGGAGGUGUUGUCGCGCGGCGAGCGGCAAUCGUUCGCCGUCACUCCGGACCGAGUCCCGUCGGACUGUCACGUCUGCCUGGCCUGCGGCAUGGACUGUCUCCAGCACGAGCGACUCUACGUGCACCUGCGCGACCAUCUGCAUCGGUUCGGCUCGGUGCACUCGGAGAGCCGGGAGCCGAUGUACCAGUGCAAGCACUGCGAGGGGGAGUUGGCCUGCUCCACCCUCAUGCGGCACCCGUGCUUCCUGGAGAGCCUGAGGGCGCUGCACUGCAUCGAGAGGUACAUCGACUACGAGGGCUCCCCGCUCGUCUGUGUCCUCUGCAAGGGCCGACUGCUGCCAUCGCGGGCACACCUCAUCCUCCACAUCAUCAUCGGCCACUCGGUCCACAGGGACCCCAGAAAGUGUGUCUUCUGCCAGGCAGAGUUCCCCUCGGAGAGUCUGAUCACGCAAGAGUUGCACGCCUACGAGCAUCAUCUGGCCAGCGUUCAGGUGCUCACCAGACAGGCCAGCUUCGGCAAGAUUCGCAGUGGCCUCGGCAGCGGUAGCGGCGGCGCUGGUGGCGGUGGCGGUAACCGGGUCGACUCGUGGCGACCGUUUCUAUGCCUCUUCACUGACGCCGUCUUCCCGGCCCAGACGGGCCCGUCGUCAAGGCUGGCUGAGGAGCGUUUCUGGGAGCCGGGCGACAACAACAAUUUCGAGCUGCCACCAAUCGGGCUGAGCUCGGACAAACGUCCGCUCAAGUGUACCCGUACCAGUCUGCUCUGUUCGAGUAGACCCAAUCAGGGCAGCCGACACCUCACGCUCACUCGCAAUGAGCAUCCGGACGAGACGGUGUUGCCGCGCGUCGGUCGGACGACCGGUUUACGUCGGUCGCGGGGUGAUCCAUUGCACCGCUCCGUCGGCGACUCCUGCCUCAACCAGGCCAACGAAGAAUUGGCCGACUCCAGUAACGAAAAAGGCGCCAAAUCGCGAAAACUAUGUCUACAGGGCUUCAACAGCCUGGCCGCGUUCACUGUACACGUACAGGCCAUGCACACCUCGUGGGAGCCGGAUUGGCACGACGACCCGAAAGUUGAUGCCUCCAAAAUGUACUCGAAAAUGCACCGAAUUUUUGGAGUUCGCAUACGUGACCUCGCCUCAUUGGCCACCUCGAACGACCCAAGACGCAGCGUGAUAGAUGUCGAUGACGACAAUGAAGAAGAUAAAUCUCAGUCCCUCGACGACGUAACCUCAUUGAACGACCAAGGGAAGGUAGGCCUUAAUAAAAAGUUGACGCUGGCGAGGAGAAGCCAAAAAAAGCAGAGUCUGUUAGUCCAUAACACCCGCCUCAACCAAGUUCCAGAUCAAGGUCCAGAUAACGAAUAUUCCUUAAUUCAAUCUCAAGAAUUCGACUUUAGUACAAAAACGGGAAAUUCCGUUGACAUCAUCGAUGCCCACGACUCAGCCCACCCAGUCGACGAAUUUCGAGCGCCUACUUCAGAAAUGGAACCUGUUUCUCAGCCUCAAGAUACCUCCCCGAACCGUUGUCAAAGCAACAGCCCUGAAAUGCAACAGAGUCAAAGUAAUGCUCAACCAGACACUAGGCUAUUUACCGGCCAUAGCAACCCUGCUGCCAUGACAAUAAACAACAACAGUAUCUCAGUCAGGAGCAGGCAAUUAAAAAUCUCGUCCUGCCGGGAAAGUAACUAUAAUCACUCCUCCAAUCCGCCUACAAGACAAACGGUCAACCUGUUACGACUUAACUCUAAGUCCCAGCCCUCCAGGUUGGUGAUUGCUCCAAACAGCAAGCUGGGAAUAAAUGAAAAAAAUCGUUUAGAAAACGCCGACCUGUCACAUGAUCUGGGGUCGAGUCUUGAUUCCAUAGGUUCUUUUGGGUAUCUCCAGAAUUGCCGAAUCUGUGGGAUGGAGGUAAAGAGCCUAAAGCACAUGGAAGGGCACACGGACAAAUGUCAUUUGGUUGCGUUUCUACACCGUAUAAAGUGCCUAAACGAAAGAGGAAAGCUGAGGGAGCGGAUAGAUAUUCAGUCCCUCUGUCUGGAAUGCUACAUACUUUUCCCAGAUAGAUUCAAAUUACAGGUUUGUUAUAACUUGGACAAUAAAAAAUUUAUUUAA